CGUCAGGGGUUUGAAACGGGACUAAAAGCGGUGAAAAGGCGGUGAAAAUUGCGGUGACAGAGAGGUCAGAGCGCACCCUACCCUACCAACAUGUCUGCCGCAGCUUCUAGAUUAUUCAACACGAUCGGAAGAAUCGGCUUCGGAAUCGCUGUUGUCGGCGGAGUGGUCAACACAGCAUUGUACAACGUUGAUGCUGGUCAUCGGGCGGUCAUCUUUGACCGCUUUACCGGAGUGAAGGAGACCGUGAGUGGAGAGGGGACACACUUCCUCAUCCCCUGGGUACAGAGACCCAUCAUCUUCGACUGCAGAGCCAGACCUCGCAAUGUCCCUGUCAUCACAGGAAGCAAAGAUCUGCAGAAUGUGAACAUCACCCUGCGAAUUCUGUUCCGCCCUGUGGCAGCGUCCCUGCCCAAGUUGUACAUGAGCCUGGGGACAGACUACGAUGAGAGAGUGCUACCUUCCAUCACUAAUGAAGUCCUCAAGGCUGUAGUUGCCCAGUUUGAUGCCAGUGAGUUGAUCACCCAGCGAGAGUUGGUGUCUCAGAAAGUAUCAGAGGACCUCAUGGAGCGGGCAGCACAGUUUGGACUUAUCCUGGAUGAUAUUUCACUGACCCAUUUGACGUUUGGCCGUGAGUUCACCCUGGCUGUAGAGCAGAAGCAGGUUGCCCAACAGGAAGCAGAGAAGGCUAGAUUUGUAGUUGAAAAGGCUGAGCAACAGAAGAUUGCCGCUAUCAUCAUUGCAGAAGGCGACUCCAAAGCUGCGGAGCUUCUGGCAACAGAGUUUGCUAAGGCUGGUGACGGUCUGAUCGAACUGCGUAGGCUGGAGGCUGCGGAAGACAUCGCCCUGCAGCUGUCCCGAUCACGCAACGUGGCGUACCUCCCACCAGGACAGAACACACUCCUCUCACUACCCACUAAUUAAGAUAUCCUGGGAUACCUGCAGUAACUUUUCAAGAGGAUUACCGUGUAGUGCCACAGUAGCUUACCCGUGUUGUUAAUUAGUAUUUCUAGUCGUAUUUGCUAACACUUAAAUAUACAUUGUAGAAAAUUGCAAGAAAGUUGAUUCCAUUAAUACAGAAUCUCUCCCCCUUGUGAAAUACCUGAAUUAGAAUCAGCUGCUAUGUUUUACAAAGAUACAUCAUCAAGAUUUCAAUUCUGUAUCAUCUUGAAUCGUGUAGAGUUAUUUGUCCUUUAAAGAUUGAACAUUGACAAUGGAACACUGUAGCAACAUGGGGCUUCAUUAUGAGAGUAAGAAAGCACAUUUGUAGGGAGGUGAAAGGUUUAACAUACCAAGAUGAGUUAAUAUUCAUGACUGAAUCAAGAAGUACAUAAGAUAGUAAAUAAGGAAGAAGAGCAGUAAGCAGUUGCUUAUCAUUUGAAGCGACAUUGUAC